AGCAGCACAGAGUCCGUCCGUCCGCCUGCCUGGCCGCCCGCAGCCCGCGAGCCCACCCCGGGCCCCUUUUUUUGGAGGAGGCUGCUCGAGCCGCUCCGAUUCGGCGAGGGAGGGAGGGAGGGGCUCCACAUUGGACCCAGCCUCGCUGGCUGCCUUGGCUCGGGCGGUCAUUCGCUAUAAUCCAAACCGGACUGCUUGGGAUCGCUGGAGGAGGCAGCCGACUUGUAGGAAAAGCAGGAGCGGAGCGGCCGAGAGAGAGAGAAAUCCCAACCCCAGCUCGGAUCCCGGGGAAAAACGAUGCUGGGCUCUGGAGCCGAGGCGCGGGCUCCCUCGCCUCCACCGCCCCGCUGACGGUAGAUUUUUUCCCCCCCCUUCCAAGCCACCCUAUGCUUUCGGGGUGUAUGUGUGUUUUUAAUGUGCGUGCAUGCCUGCCUCCCUAGAGGCUUUUUUUUUUUUUUUGACAAGCCUGCUGUUGUUGCUCAUUUGGAGAAAAUCUCCCGCUAGCGAAUCCGAGCCUUCUUGCAAGAACAGAGAGAAGGAGAGAGAUUUCUGAGAGAGAGAGAGAGAGAGAGGUACGAGAUACUUAAUAAGGCUGCGCUUUUUUUCUGGGGCUUUGCGAGCAAGUCCACCCCUCCCCCCGAAGAAAAGUAAAAGUCCGUUUAAAGAAAAAAAGAAAAAGUCAUCAUCAUCAUCAUUUAAAAAAAAAAAGACGAGAAAGGAAAUAAUUCGUGGGAUUGUAGAGAGAGAGAGAGAAAAAAAAACAUCCUGACGUCGGGAGUUUGGAGCGACCCGGGGAAACAGAAAAAUUUGCCGGCACUGUAAGUGUCCACAGUCAGAACACUUUGAAACAGUGAUGCCUUUAGAAAUGGAGAAGACAGUGACCAAGCUGAUGUUUGACUUCCAGAGGAAUUCAACUUCUGAUGAUGAUUCUGGCUGUGCCUUGGAAGAAUACGCUUGGGUCCCUCCUGGACUGAAACCAGAACAGGUUCAUCAAUACUACAGCUGUCUACCAGAAGACAAAGUACCUUAUGUCAACAGCCCUGGAGAGAAAGCCCGUAUCAAACAGCUUCUGCACCAGCUGCCUCCACAUGACAAUGAGGUUCGAUACUGUAACUCCCUGGAUGAAGAGGAAAAGAGAGAACUCAAACUUUUCAGCAACCAGAGGAAGAGGGAGAACUUGGGCAGAGGCAAUGUCCGGCCAUUCCCCGUCACCAUGACAGGAGCCAUUUGCGAACAGUGUGGAGGCCAAAUCAAUGGAGGCGACAUAGCCGUCUUUGCAUCCAGAGCAGGCCAUGGGGUGUGCUGGCAUCCAUCGUGCUUUAUAUGCAGCGUUUGCAAUGAGCUGCUGGUGGAUCUUAUCUAUUUCUAUCAAGACGGAAAGAUUUAUUGUGGCCGGCACCAUGCAGAAUGCCUCAAACCUCGGUGCGCAGCCUGUGAUGAGAUUAUCUUUGCUGACGAAUGCACAGAAGCUGAAGGAAGGCAUUGGCACAUGAAGCACUUUUGCUGUUUUGAAUGUGAAACUGUGCUGGGCGGCCAGCGGUACAUCAUGAAGGAAGGGCGUCCGUAUUGCUGCAACUGCUUCGAGUCCUUAUAUGCAGAGUAUUGUGACACCUGUGCUCAGCACAUCGGCAUCGACCAGGGUCAGAUGACGUAUGAUGGCCAACACUGGCAUGCUACAGAGACCUGUUUUUGCUGCGCCCAGUGUAAGAAAUCUUUGCUUGGCCGACCAUUCUUGCCAAAGCAAGGGCAGAUUUUUUGCUCCAGGGCGUGCAGCAUGGGAGAUGAUCCAAACGGUUCAGAUUCAUCGGACUCUGCCUUCCAAAGCGCCAGAGCCAAAGAAUCCCGGCGUAGUGCUAAGAUUGGGAAGAACAGGAACAAAGGAGAAGAGAAUGCCGGCAGCCAGAGUAAUCAAUUGCAGGUGACCUCCAGCAGACUGUCUGCAGAUGUGGACCCUCUGUCUUUGCAGAUGGACCUGCUGAGUUUGUCCAGCCAAACUCCAAGCCUAAACAGGGACCACGUAUGGAGAAGCAGAGAUGAACUCUAUCACUACGGGAACAAAAUGGAGCAAAGUCCAUCGCAAAGCCCUUUGCAGCUGCUCAGUCAGUGUAAUGUCAGGACGCCCUACAACCAAGCACAGACUCCAGGUCCUCCACAAGAAAUGUGGGGUAAACAUUUCAACAACCCAAAGAGAAGCUCCUCUUUAGCCAUGAAAGGACAUGGUGGCAGUUUCAUUCAGGAAUGCCGAGAAGAUUAUUACUCAGGAAGGCUACGGUCGCAGGAGAGUUACAGUGACAUGUCCAACCAGAGUUUUAGUGAAACCAGAGGGAGUUACAAGUAUGACCAAGAAGAAGACAGUACCAUGACGGAACAACAUUGUCGGACCAGGCAUCCACUCAGUGCGUUGAAAUUCACUGAAAAACUGUCACGCACAGAACAAACUCCUCGGGGUUCAAUGGAAUCGCUGGCUCUUUCCAAUGCAACAGGUCUGUCUGCAGAUGGUGGUGCCAAGCGACAAGAACAUCUGUCCCGAUUCUCCAUGCCAGAUCUAAGCAAAGAUUCGGGAAUGAACGUCUCAGAGAAGAUGAGUAACAUGGGAACCCUCAAUUCUUCUGUACAGUUUAGAAGUGCCGAAUCUGUCCGCAGCCUAAUUUCUGUUCAGCAGUACCAAGAUGUAGAAGCCAACCUACACAAUCUUGCCAAUCCCAUUGGAUACAGGGACACCUCAUCUCACGGAAGGAUGCACCAGAGCUUUGAUUAUGAAGGCGGGAUGGCAGGUAACAAAUUGCCUGGACAAGACAAUAUCAGACAUCCCCCAAUGAGCGAACGCACACCCAGACGAACUAACAUCCGAGAGGAUGAUCGGCGUUAUCGCCCACACAGGCCCCGACGGUCCAGGCGUUCCCGCUCCGAUAAUGCUCUUCAUCUCACUAGUGAACAAAACUAUAAGUUGAAAGAGAGGCCCUCUCUGCGAGCCAGAGAGGACUACGACCAGUUUUUGCAGCAAAGAAGUUGCCGGGAGACCAUGGAGCAGAACACCCGGAGAAACCUGUACGGUCAGUGUCCGAGGACCGUCUCAGACCUGGCUUUGCAAAAUCACUUUGGCGAGAGAUGGGGACCCUACUUUGCUGAAUACGACUGGUGUUCCACGUGCUCCUCCUCCUCCGAAUCUGACAAUGAAGGCUACUUCCUUGGAGAACCGAUUCCGCAACCAAGCCGACUCCAAUACGUCACCAAUGAAGAUCUUCUUCACAAAUAUGGCUCGUACAGCAUGCCUAAGUCUUCUACACUGGGUGGUCGAGGACAGUUACACAGCCGAAAAAGGCAAAAGAGUAAAAACUGUAUCAUAGCGUAGCCGCGUGACCCAAGCACAGUGUUAGAGAAUGUAAUUAUUUCAUCAACUUGCACUGCUGUAGGUUUUCAAGCGCUUUUUAUUGUAACAAAACAAUCCAGGCAAAACAGGGAGCUGUUAAGAGGAGGUCAUAGACAAAAGGUCUAUAAAUAGUCAUAAUUGUUGGCAUGGUGAAUAUAUUUUGCACAUUUAAUUUGGGGGAGGAAGGGAGGGAGGGAUAAAAUUUAUUUUAGCAUGUUAUAGUUACAAAUUUACCUCCUUCCCAUAAGUAGCUGCCAUCCAUUUAAUACCCCGUUCACCCAUAUGUUUUUAGUUGACGUUGUUUUCUGUAAUGAGCUGUUAGCUACUCGUUUAAUCUCUUCUUCUUUUUUUCUUUCUUUCUUUAUCUUGGCUUUUUAUUUUCAUCGCCUGUCUAAGGGGGCCAUUUUCCCCACCAGAUUGCAAAGAAGCGGAUGUUAAUUCCCGCAUUCGUUCCGUCAAUGAGAGUUUGGAGAAAAUACUUUCGUAUUUGGUAAUGUCAGAAGAAUGUCCUUGUAGGAGUCACUGGGAUACCCAGGGACAUCUAUUGUGGUUUUUGGACAGAGCUAAACAAAGAUUGUUUCAGAACCCUUGAUCUUUUUUUGCCAUUGCAUUCCUUCAGGAUCAGUAGAAUUUUUUUCUCCCUGCUUAAAAGUAUGUCAUCUUUUCUUUUCUUUUUCUUUUUUUAAUUCCUGAAUUCUCAGGCUUGCAGGUUACUAUUGGUCCAUAUCACAAACACAAAGUAGGAAAUGAUGAUUGUUGGUUUGUUGGUUUUUUUAAAUAGAAGCAUACAGAUACAUUUACGCACACCAUUAAGUGUAAAAGUUAAAAGACCCGGGUCUGAAAAGAAAGUUUACAUCUCUUUAGAAAGGGGAAAGUCACUAAAAUUUCAACUUUUUUUGGGUGGGUGGGUCGGGGAGGGUUACAACCAAAAGAAUUGUAAAUGGUUCUGUAGUGUCAGCAUGAGCUUGUUUUGAGUAUAGAAUUGUUUACUGGUGCUCUGGUUUCCUGGCAUAUGUUAACUGCUGUUCAUUACCAAGAGGUAUCUUUUUUUCUGAAAGUCUUAAUACAAUGAAUACAUCCUAAUCAUAUUACACUUAGGUUCUACCCUUGAAGGACCCAUACUCGGGGUAGAACGGACUUCAUUCUUUGGAAGUAGAAGAACACAACAAUAGCUUCAACAUUGGGUAGUUAUAUAUAUAGGGCUCACAAUGUAUUGUGUAGUACGGUGGACGUGAGGUUUCUCUCUCUCUCUCUCACUCUCUCUUUGUGCUUUAAAUAAUUGGGAGACUGACAUCAAGACGUGUUCUUUAUUGUUUCCAGACAAAUGCAGUCAGAAAGAAGGAAAUACGUUUCUGUUAUUGUAUAUUUUUAUUAUAGGGUUGUAAAACGGGUUUUAGUAGAUUCCGAGGUAAGUCAGAUCUGGACAGCUGACGAUACCUGUAAUGUGGGUUCUCCAGAGAAUGUAAAGACUCUGUUAAUACAAACGUCUAUUGAACAGAUGGCAAACUACAAACUUGAGUGCGAGUGGGAUUUUCAAAAGCAAUGUGAGGGUCCCAGGAGCUUCAGCUGGACUUCAGAAGCAGAGGCUUUGGGCCCAAUCCACCCGCGCCACUGGCAGACAAGCCCUGAUGCAGUAUUACUCCAACCGCGAGGGACAGUCAAGAUUGUGAUUUGGAACGCGAUGACUGGGAAGGGAAUCUCAGAUAAUGAUGAUGAUGAUAAUGUAUCCGUAACACAGCUAGCAAUCUUUUGUUGUGUGAAAGGAGAAUGUGAUGAUGAUUUUUUUCCCCAAAAAAAUAAAAAAGAAGGAAAAAGAAAA